AUGGAGGAAGUUCAUUCUCUGCUUUCGACGGCAGUGAAGAAAGAGCAAACUCACUUUAAUUCUUCGAAGACUGAGACUGUCGAUCGGCGGCCUCUCUCCUUAAUGAUGGAUUGUGACCCGAAACUCAUUGCAGAGGGAAAGCUAAUUAAAAUUACAAGUGUUAUGCGACCUAAAUACAUACAAGAUGGUAUUCAAAUUGUUUCAGGAAAUCUUCCUCUAACAGACCCAGCUCCAAAACCUGAAAAACUCGUGCGAUCUUCUAGAGAUGCUUUUUAUAAUGCCCAACUGCAUCAUAUUUCGAAGAAGGGCGUUGUUCCCCCGCCUGUUUAUAAUAUUGACAAUCUCGAUUGCGCGUGGAUGUCAGUUGCAAAUGAAAAACGAGUGAAGAAUGGGGAGGAGAAACUGUCAGAGUGGAUGCUUGAAGAUGUGAUCGAGGCUGCCGAACAGAUUUGUUAUGUUAAAAUGCUUUCUGAAGCAUUGGCGAAUGGUAUCAGUGACGAAUCGAGAUGCGAUGUGUGCCGAGAUCUGUCAAGUGAGGAUGGUAAUGAAAUCGUUUUUUGUGAUAAAUGCAACAUCGGUGUUCAUCAGCUGUGCUAUGGUAUUCGGAAAAUUCCAGAAGAUCACUGGUUUUGUAAGCGUUGUGAGUUCGGACUCGAUUUAAACAUCAAAUGUGAUCUCUGUCCUUUUAGAGGUGGCGCCAUGAAGCCAUUUAAGGACUCGACAGAUUGGGCCCACGUAAGCUGUGCUCUCUGGAUCCCAGCCAUUAUGUUUGAAGAUCCGGUGAAUAUGGAGUUGAUUACUGGACGAAAUGCGAUUCCGUUGGAAUCGCGUGUUUCGUUAUGUGAUUUGUGCAGAAUUCCUCAGGGUAUCACCAUCAAAUGCUGUAUAAAUGGAUGUCGGGGACGAUUUCACGUUACCUGUGCUUAUGAUCAAGGUUUGGUGAUGGAUAUUCAUUCAGUUGAUGCGCAUGUCCGAUUCUUUGUAAGUCACUUUUUGUUGUAG